UCACGUGUGAUCAACACUGCCAUGGCGCAGCAUGAACGGCAUGGCGCGUCCAUGCAGACUGUAGCGUGCUAGAUUUAGGGGAAUACUGAACAAUUCUCCGUCUAUUUAAACGUUUUCUACCAGUAGGCCCGUAUCGGGGAGAAAAACCGCCACAAUGGUGAAGGAGCAAUUCAGAGAGACAGAUGUGGCCAAAAAGAUAAGCCACAUUUGUUUCGGCAUCCAGUCUGCCGAGCAAAUGCGUCAGCAGGCCCAUAUCCAGGUGGUCAGCAAGAAUCUGUACAGCCAGGACACCAAGCACACGCCACUGUCCUAUGGGGUGCUGGACCAUCGUAUGGGCACCAGCGAGAAAGACAGGCCGUGUGAGACCUGUGGAAAGAACCUUGCCGACUGCUUGGGACACUAUGGUUAUCUGGACCUGGAGCUGCCCUGUUUCCACGUUGGCUAUUUCAAAGCCGUCAUAGGAAUCCUACAGAUGAUCUGCAAGACCUGCUCCCACAUCAUGCUGACCCGCGAUGAGAAGCUCCAGUUCAUGGACCACCUGAAGAGGCCCCACCUGCCCUACCUGCAGAAGAGGGGCCUGAAGAAGAAGAUCUCGGAGAAAUGUCGCAAAAGGACACUCUGUUUGAAUUGCUCGUCGUUCAAUGGGACGGUGAAGAAGUGCGGGCUGCUGAAGAUCAUCCACGAGAAGUACAAAACCACCAAGAAGGUGGCUGACCCCUUUGUCUCAGAGUUCCUCCAGUCGUUUGACAUCGCCAUCGAGCACAACAAAGAGGUGGAGUCCCUGCUCAACAGGGCGCAGGAGAACAUGAGCCCUCUGGUGGUCCUCAACCUGCUAAAGCGGGUGCCCGCCGAGGACGUCCCACUGCUGCUGAUGAACCCCGAGGCGGGCCGUCCCGCCGACCUCCUGCUGACGCGCCUGCUGGUGCCCCCGCUGUGCAUCCGCCCCUCGGUCGUCAGCGACCUCAAGUCGGGCACCAACGAGGACGACCUCACCAUGAAGCUCACCGAGAUCAUCUUCCUCAACGACGUCAUCAAGAAGCACCGCAUGACGGGAGCCAAGACCCAGAUGAUCAUGGAGGACUGGGACUUCCUCCAGCUGCAGGUGGCCCUCUACAUCAACAGCGAGCUGUCAGGCAUCCCCAUGAACAUGGCCCCCAAGAAGUGGACCCGGGGCUUUGUCCAGCGGCUCAAGGGCAAACAAGGGCGUUUCCGAGGCAACCUGUCGGGGAAGAGAGUGGACUUCUCGGGGCGAACGGUCAUCUCCCCGGACCCCAACCUGAGGAUCGACGAGGUGGCCGUCCCCGUGCACGUGGCCAAGAUCCUGACCUAUCCAGAAAAGGUGAACAGGGCCAACCUGGAGCUCAUGAGGAAGCUGGUCCGCAGUGGGCCUGACGUCCACCCCGGGGCCAACUUCAUCCAGCACCGCCACACGCAGAUGAAGAGGUUCCUGAAGUACGGAAACAGGGAUAAGAUGGCCCAGGAGCUGCGGUUUGGGGACGUGGUGGAGAGACACAUGAUCGACGGGGACAUUGUGCUGUUUAACCGACAGCCCUCCCUGCACAAGCUCAGCAUCAUGGCUCACAUUGCCAAGGUGAAGCCUCACCGGACGUUCCGCUUCAACGAGUGCGUGUGCACGCCGUACAACGCUGACUUUGACGGCGACGAGAUGAACCUCCACCUCCCUCAGACCGAAGAGGCCAAGGCUGAAGCCCUGGUCCUGAUGGGCACCAAAGCCAACCUGGUGACUCCGAGGAACGGCGAGCCCUUAAUCGCAGCCAUUCAGGACUUCAUAACGGGAGCCUACCUGAUGACGCUGAAGGACACCUUCCUGGACCGCGCCAAAGCCUGUCAGAUCGUGGCGUCCAUCCUGGUGGGGCAGGACGAGCGUGUUAAGAUAGGGAUGCCCCGGCCUGCUAUCAUGAAGCCUGUGGCUCUGUGGACCGGCAAGCAGCUCUUCAGCCUCAUCCUGAAGCCCAGCAAGGAGAGCCCUGUUCUGGCCAACUUGCGCACCAAGGGCAAGCAGUACUGUGGCAAGGGAGAGGACCUCUGCUUCAACGACUCCUUCGUGGUGAUCCAGAACAGCGAGCUGUUGUGCGGCAGCCUGGACAAAGGCACCCUGGGCUCUGGUUCCAAGAACAACAUCUUCUACAUCCUGCUGCGGGACUGGGGCCAGCUGGAGGCCGCCAACGCCAUGUCCCGCCUGGCGCGCAUCACCCCCACCUACCUAUCCAACCGGGGCUUCUCCAUCGGGAUCGGCGACGUGACCCCGGGCCAGGGCCUGCUGAAGGCCAAGCAGGACCUUCUGGACGGCGGCUACAGGAAGUGUGACGAGUACAUUGAGGCCCUCAAGACCGGGAAGCUCCAGCAGCAGCCGGGCUGCACGGCCGAGGAGACCCUGGAGGCUCUCAUCUUGAAGGAGCUGUCCGUCAUCCGAGACCAUGCUGGCAGUGCUUGCCUCCGGGAGCUGGACAAGAGCAACAGCCCUCUGAUCAUGGCGCUUUGUGGCUCCAAAGGCUCCUUCAUCAAUAUCUCCCAGAUGAUUGCCUGUGUGGGCCAGCAGGCCAUAAGUGGAUCACGAGUGCCCGACGGCUUUGAGAAUCGCUCCCUGCCGCACUUUGAAAAACACUCUAAACUGCCGGCCGCCAAGGGCUUCGUGGCCGACAGCUUCUACUCCGGCCUGACGCCCACAGAGUUUUUCUUCCACACUAUGGCCGGCCGAGAGGGCCUGGUCGACACAGCCGUCAAGACCGCUGAGACGGGCUACAUGCAGAGGCGUCUGGUGAAGUCCCUGGAAGACCUGUGCUCCCAGUACGACCUGACGGUGCGCAGCUCCACUGGUGACAUCAUCCAGUUCAUCUACGGCGGCGACGGCCUGGACCCCGCCGACAUGGAGGGCAAGGACGAGCCGCUGGAGUUCAAGAGGGUGCUGGACAACGUCCGGGCUGUGUUCACGUGUUCGGAGCAGCCAGCCCUCAGCAAGAACGAGCUGGCCCUGACCGCCGAGUCCAUCAUGAAGCGGGGAGACUUCUCCUUCUGCAGAGACAGCUUCCUGGAGGAGAUAAGGAAGUUCAUCCACAGCAUGUCAGAGAGGAUCAAGAAGACCAGAGACAAAUAUGGCAUCAAUGAUAACGGCACCACCGAGCCAAAAGUCCUCUACCAGCUUGACCGCAUCACGCCCACCCAGUUGGAGAAGUUCCUGGAGACCUGCAGGGACAAGUACAUGAGGGCGCAGAUGGAGCCGGGCUCGGCCGUGGGGGCGGUGUGCGCCCAGAGCAUAGGGGAGCCGGGCACCCAGAUGACCCUGAAGACCUUCCACUUCGCCGGGGUGGCCUCCAUGAACAUCACGCUGGGGGUGCCGCGCAUCAAGGAGAUCAUCAACGCGUCCAAGAACAUCAGCACCCCCAUCAUCACGGCCCAUUUGGACGUGGAUGAUGACGCCGAUUUUGGCCGCUUGGUGAAAGGGAGGAUCGAGAAAACGCUACUUGGAGAGAUAUCCGAAUACAUCGAGGAGGUCUUCCUGCCUGACGACUGUUUUAUUCUGGUCAAGUUGUCCCUGGAGAGGAUUCGGCUUCUGCGGCUGGAGGUGAACGCGGAGACGGUGCGCUACUCCAUCUGCAUGUCCAAGCUGCGGGUGAAGCCGGGGGACAUCGCGGUGCACGGCGAGGCGGUGGUGUGCGUCUCGCCGCAGGAGAACAGCAAGAGCUCCAUGUACUACGUCCUGCAGACGCUGAAGGAGGAGCUCCCCAAGGUGGUGGUCCAGGGAAUCCCGGAGGUGUCCCGAGCCGUCAUUCACAUCGACGAGCAGAGCGGCAAGAACAAGUACAAGCUCCUGGUGGAGGGGGAUAACCUGAGGGCCGUCAUGGCAACCCAUGGGGUCAAAGGCAGCCGGACCACUUCCAACAACACCUUCGAGGUGGAGAAGACCCUGGGCAUCGAGGCGGCCCGCUCCACCAUCAUCAACGAGAUCCAGUACACCAUGACGAACCACGGCAUGAGCAUCGACCGGCGCCACGUCAUGCUGCUGGCCGACCUCAUGUCCUACAAGGGGGAGAUCCUGGGCAUCACCAGGUUCGGAUUGGCCAAGAUGAAGGAGAGCGUCCUGAUGCUGGCGUCGUUCGAGAAGACGGCCGAUCACCUGUUCGACGCCGCCUACUUCGGACAAAAGGACUCCGUUUGUGGGGUGUCGGAGUGCAUCAUCAUGGGAAUCCCCAUGAACAUCGGAACGGGCCUGUUCAAGCUUCUACACAAGGCGGACAAAGUCCCCACGCCGCCCAAGAGACAGCUGCUGUUCGACCACAAAGACUUUCACGUCCCCCUGAUAACGUAGCAGGCUCCCUCGGGGGCCCUCUCGUUUCUUCUUUGUGUGUCUUUCUUCCGUUUGAGGUGGGUAGGGAUGGGCCUUCCACCAAGAGCAAUAGUGUUUUUCUUUUGUGCAGCAGGUUUGGGAGUGUGUGUUUGUGUGCGUGCCAACCACAGCAACAACAACAAGAAAACCAUGUUGUCGUUUUCUCUCCAGUGAUGCCUUUUUGACCUUUAUGGACAAUCUUUGGUUUACACCUUUUUUCUUUGGUGUACUUGAAUAUAAAAAAGUCGAGUCAUGCGUGUGGUACCUCAAAUGGAGGUAGAAAUCGUCUACAUUUCUACGACUUGUAUGGAUGUUAGUUUUUGCUAGUGCCAGGCUGCAAACAUGUUUUUCACGUUUUUUCAUGAAGCCAGUUGCUUAGCAUUUCAAAGUUGAAAGUUGUUUUAAGGAAUAACACACCUUGAUGCCAACAUGCUGCAGCGAUGUAAAGUGUGUUCAUGAUCCAAGGCGGUAUCUUCUUCCUUAUGUGGUGGAUCUGUGCUGUGGUAUGCCUUCUCUAACGCUGAGAACAAAGAACAAUACGUGCAGUCUCAGUCCACGCAUUCUGUUUAGCACUUGAUCAUACUGUUCUGUUUAUCAAGGCUGCUGGGGAUUCUACCAACAUUCACUGGAGAAAUAUAAAGGUGCUUGCACAAUAGACCGUUCAAAUACAGGGUUGGAAUUGUAGUUGGAUCCAUUGUAUAUAUACCCUCUGUAAAUAAAAUAUUUAAAAAAUGAAA